UGCAGCCAGAACUUCAUUUGCAUUUCCUCCCGCAUGCAGAGAGGAGCAGGAACAGAAGAGGUUUGUAGGGAAAAGGGGUGGAGAGCAGGAGGAAGGCGAUGGUUUGGUUAUAAAGAGCAUGGGAGGAAGGAGAGGCAGCAGUGCAGCGCUCGGCGCAGGGAUGGGCGGCAGCGGGGCUGAGUCACUGCAUUCUUGCAUCGCGCUCCUGGCCAUUGCCGCAGGGUCUCUCCUGCUGGCCAUACACUUCUACAGCUCACCCCGAGCUCUGAUCCCCAGCACAGCUCUGGGGGUCCUGCUGCUGCUCCUGUCACCUCUCCUGACCUAUGCAGGCAUCCGGAGAAGCGCCAGGAAUGGCUCCCUGCUGGUGGCCCUGUGCCUGAUCCUGUCAGCUCUGUGGAGUGGCUAUGGCGUGAUCCUGGUGCUGGCCGGGCAGGGCGUGCUGCCCGCGCCGGGGGACGCCCGCGACGCCCUGCUGCCAGGCCUGGCCACCUCCACGCUGGCCCUGCUGCUGCUAGCCCUGGUGGGCUUCCUCUCUGGAGAGCCCUUCCUGGCCCUGCUGGCUACUGCCAUGGCCCUGGCCACUAGCCAUGAGAUUGCCCUGCACUACAGCUCCUCGCUUGGCCCCUCGGCCGUGGCUUGCGGCCACCUCCUUGUCUGCUUGCUCGGGGGCUACUUUGCUCUGGGGAGGAUCCUUUACUUCCUGACCAAAGGGAGAGUUGCCCUCCCUGGCACGGAUCUGGCUGAGAAGAAGGCCCGAGAGCAGGGCUGGGCUAGCUCUGACAACCCCUUUGUAGCCCCUGGGCUGCUCCUGAACGUGCUGUGGGCCAGUGUUUUCUGCUGCAGGCUCCUGGGGGUCACCCACAGGCUCUUCCUGGGCCACGUGCCCUGGCUGUGGGUGGCUGGCACCUUCCAGGUUGGCAUCUGUGUGCUGUCCUACCGUGCCAUGGACAUGCUCAUGGCCACAGCCUUCGGCUUCACUGCCAUCCUCAGCUUUGCUGGGGGCUACAGCCUCCUGCACCCCACCUGGCAGCCAGAGGAGCCAGCUCUCCCCACCCCACUCCUGGUGGUCUUCUCCAUCCUUUUUGCUCUCCUGGCUCUCUUUCUCUCCCUCCAGAGCCCCGUGGAUGGCCUGUACUUGCUGGUUUUUGUCACCUACUGCAUUGCCUUGGCUUGCAGCCCCAGGGGCUUUUUCGCAGCUGGCCCCCAAGGCGUGGCCGUGGCCAUUUUUGUGGCCUCGGCCUCAGUGGCUCUCAUUCACCUGUACAACGUGAGGGCCAGGGCCAAGAUCCCUACAGGGCAGGGGGCUGUGAGGGCCCUCCUGGCUCGCAGCAGCUUCCUGAGGCUCCGCGAGGGGCCUGGCCUUCACGCUCCCUACCUGGGCUACUCCAAAUACGCCGACGCAGAAAUCCUCGCCUACGCCUGCAGUGUCCUGGCUUCUUUUGCCCUCACAGCCACAGGAGACCCCCAGGCUCCUCUUGCCACCGUGGUCAUUCCAUGGGUGGUGGUGGCUGGUGGCAUCCUGAAGCUCCUCGGUGGCUCGGUGGCUUUUGCCCGGGGUAAAACCCUGGAGAGCAGCGCCUUCAUCCUCUACGCUGUCAUGUGGAUCAUCUGGGGCCUGGCAAGGUUUGCUGGCCUCCAGGGCACCUCCAGGAGCUUCCACGCCGCUGUGGGCAUCGUUGCCUUCGUGCUCUUUAACAGCUUCGUCAUCUUCUGCUCACUCUUCCUCAACACAGCCUGGUUCUUCUACUCCCUCACCUUCAUGCUGGUGGCUGGCAGCUUCCUGCUGGACUCCAUCGGUGCUCUUCCUGCUGGAUAUGACAUGGCUGCCAGCCUCAUCUUUGGGCUGGUGAGCUUCUACUGCUUCCUGGCUGCCCUGGCCAGCAGCACCUUGCAGGGUGUGUGCUUGCCCAUGGGGAAGCCCAUGGUGCAGCUCAGUGGUGUCGGGGCAGGAGCCACCAAGUGCCUUCACCUGCCCGCCAGGAAAGCGUCCUCAGUCAAGAGAAUUGCAGAUAUCCUGAGGAAUGGUGGCACCUGUGGCAUCCCCACCGACACCGUGUACGUGCUGGUGGCCGCCUGCAGCCGGCCUGACGCCGUGGAGAAAGCUCACAGGUCCAAGCGCCAGGCUCAGGAUCGCCCCAUGUCCCUCUGGAUCUCCAGCCUAAAGCAGCUGGAACCUGCCAGGCAUUUGUUCACUCCCCUGCUCUGGGACUUCAUGGAGGCUGCCUGGCCAUCUCCCAUCAGCUUGGUCAUUCCCAGAGGUGAGUGGCUGGAUUUCCUGGGGAUGAAGGACUCUGCCAAAUACGUUGGGACCCCUCAGAGCGUGGCCAUCCGCAUCCCCGACUGCUCUGUGACCACACACCUCAUCGACCUGGUUGGCCCCAUUGUUGUCACAUCAGCCAACCCCACGGGAGAGGCUGACACAACCCACCACAACCAGGUGUACGCCAAGCUGGGAGACAAGGUGGAUGCAGUUCUUUGUGGUGGGCCUUCUCCAGAGAACAUUGCCUCCACCGUGGUGGACUGCACCAAGAUCGACACCGGGAACAUCGGGUUCUUCCGUGUCGGCAUCAUCCCCAAGUCCCAGGUGCUGCAGAUCCUGGAGCAGGUGCAGAAGAAACACCUGGUAGUGCCCAGCAGAGCCACCGGCUCCACAACAGGCUGGGAAGAGCUCCAGGCUCGUGGCCACACCAUGCACAACGGGGUGGGCAGAGCUGCCCUGGGGGAGCCGGGGCUGGACCCCGACUCCGAGCACCACACCCGCUUGUGAUCCCACAGCUCCACGCUCGUCUGCUGGAAAAUGUGGGAAAUGUGGGGAAAAACAACGGCAUUUCGGCCAAAUUGGGGAAUGGGAGAGGCUGCCCAGCUGCAGGGGUGACUCAUCUAUCUUCCCAUGGACACUGCUCACACAUCCCUGCAAACCACAGGAAAAUUUUCCCUUAGGGACACUGCCGGCUCUCCCUGGAGAUCAGUCAUGACCAAAGGGUGGUCCUGGAGUCCCAGAGCUGCAGCCCUGCCACUGGGAGGGAAUGCCUUGGAUUUGGGGAAUCCCAAAUUCCCCAGGUUUGGAGCAGAAGCGAUGCAGAAUUGUGGUGGGGGAGAAACACUGCGUGAAACUUGAAUUACACAGAAUUAUUUAGGUGGGGAAAGACCUUUCCAACCCUUGAGCCCCCAGCACUGCCAAGGCUGUGUCCCCGUGUCCCCAAGUGCCACACCACAUGGGGAAGAAGGAGGGGAGAUGAGUCCAGGUGCUUUUCUGGUGGAUCCAGUGGGCUUGGCAAAGCCUGGGGGUGUCCCCUGCUGAGUUUUCCUCACAAUUACCCAUGUUUGAUCCCACCUAGGAGGUGUUUCCUCUGUUUUCUUCCUCAACACUCCAAAGAAACGCCAGACCUGAGGUGUGAGGUGCCACUCCUGCAUUUCACAAUCAGUGCCAGGCUGCAAUUCCCAUUUGGAUGACCCCAUUAUAUCCUUUUAUAUCCUCCAAGGUGCUGGAGCUUUAGGGAAGGCCUCCCUUCCCACGUUAGGAAUUUCAGGAGCCCAAUCCCCACAUGUUUGAGGAUGCCAGGAGCUGUUCUCUCAGCCCAACCCUUCCCAUCUCAUGGCACAUUUCCUUCAGAGUGCAAAUCCCAUGGGAUCAGGGGAAGGAAUUCCAGCUGUUCCAGGCAGUCAUUUGUCUUCUCCAGGGGCACAGCUUCUCUGCAAACUCUGAAAUUUCCCCUGAAACACAGGGAAGGAGCUGGAAUGUGCUCACCCAUGACUUUACUGGCAUCACUGGGACGUGGUGGGAAGGCUCCUGCAGUGGAGCAAUGGGAGGAUCUGGACUUUUUAGGAAGGACAGGCAGUGUGGAGUGGUGGCUGCUGGCCAAGAGGAAUUGGGAAGGACCCAAAAAAUCUCUCAAACCCUCAUGAGGAGUUUUCCUUGGUCAACACUGCAGUUAUGGUUCCUUCCAGCUCCAAAAACUGCUGAUCUUCUUCUUACCUGACUCAGGUGCAAGGUGCUGAUCAAACUCCAGCUGAAACCAAUCCGUUACUCAUUGAUUUCACCUGAAGUUGUGUUGGAAUUUAAGGAUAAAAGUGGUGCAGGCAGAGGAACUCUGCCAAAAUGGGGUUUCCUCAAUCAUCCUCACAGAGCUGGCUCUCUCUCCCCCCACCUCUCUCUUCCUGCAGAGACAAUUCCAGAGAAUUCAGUGUGUUUAACAAUUCUGCUGGUCUACUUCCUCUAUCUCUUUGGAGCUCAUUGAAACUGGUUUUUAGGAUGCAAUAAAAUAUUUUCAAUAAACAGAUCUCACUUGGGGCUGUGCAAUUGUGACGAAACCUUGUGGGGCUUUGGGUUCUAGAUGUUGGGGCUCCUGGCUGAACAGGAUCCGAGCAGGAUCUCAGGAGGGAGUCAAAUUGUGACACUUCCAGGGUGGGGAAGAGGAGGGAGAAAACUCCUCAUGGCAGCUCAGAAACCAGAGCUGAAUUUCACCCCUUAAUCACUAAAAAAACCCCACAACCCAUAAACACUAAAAUCUGAGGGAAUGUGGUAAGAAUUGGGAAUUUGGAGAGGUGCUGGGACAUUACAAAGAAUUUUGGUGAAAGAAAACUGCCCUGGCUUAAAUAUACCAGAGGAACUGCUGCCCUGUGCUCUAAAUAAUGAUUUUUUACUAAUUAAAAGUGACUCAAAAAGUGUGUUCUUCACUUGAUGCUUCAUCUUUAUCCAUUUUUCCCCUUUGUCUCCAUAUUUUUUGGUUUUUAUUUGCAGCAAAUGUUGGUUUCAGUCUCAGGACACUGGGAGAAGCCUUUCUCACUCUGCUGCAGUGAGACAAGGAGAAGUUUCAUUUCAGGCUCGAUUUUACCCCACCCACAGCUCUCCUGUGUACUAGCAAAACAAAAAGGAGCAGGAAAAAGGAGAUUUAAAUGGGAUCUUUCGCUUAAAUCAAGGCAAAAAAAUAUAUUUCUGCUAUUUCCACAGUUUCCCAGCAUUUAGAGGGAAGCAAAACAUUUUGGAAGAGAGCUGGAGAAAGGACAAAAGUUGCUGUUUUAAGUGGCAAAUGCAAAACACUUCAGUCAGAAAGGGCUGAGAUAAAGAUUUGAUUAUUUGGGUUCAUGUGCUGAAAAAUCACAGAUCAAAUCUAUCUGGGGCUAUCAACGAGAGCAUUUUCAUCACUAAAACUGAAGGGUAUGGUCAGGAAAGGCUGUCCUCAAAGGGAAGGAACCUCUCCAUCCCCAUGUUCUGGAUAAGAGGGACAGGAGGGGAUGUGAGGACCUCAAACGUCACCCCAGAAGGAGGAAAACCAGAGGAGAUUCCUCUGAAACCAAUGUGGGUUUGUAUUGUCCAUGUCUGGGAGAUCUUCAGGCCUGAAAGGUCACCCUGGGAGACAAAACAAGCUCAUGAAUGGGGCUCUUUGUGCCCCAGCCAGCUCUGCAAUCCCACUGGGGUUGGAAACAGCCCGGGAAGAAGGGCUGUCCCACCUUCCCUCUGCCCUUUGUGCAGUCUAGACACCCGUGUCAAUGGAAAAAAGCUUUAAAAAGGGAUGUGAGGAAGUGUUUUGCAGUGGCAGGAAAAAGCCAGCUCACCCUUGGAGAGCAGAGCUGUGGGGACAGGAACUGAGUCAGUGCCACGGGCACUAGGGUGGGCAGAGUUCUGCCGAGGGAAGGGCGGCUACCAGCCACGGCUGGGGGGCAACCAGCCCAGCAGGGCCCUGGGACACGGGCAGGAGUGUCACCUCCAACCUGUAGGAGCACCAGGGAGCUCUGGGGCUGUGGGAAUGGGGGCUCCUGGAGAUCUUUUUCUGUUGGAGCCCUCAGGGGAGUUUGGAGCUUUCUGUGCUUUCUCCUCCAGAGAACACUGAUUUUGACUUGGAAAAAGCUCCCAAAAUUGAGUGGUGGAGUUAAAAUCACUGGUGUGCAGUUUGAAUAGAAGUGUGUAAUAAAUAUCACAU